CUCCAGGCCACGCCCACUGGCCCGAGGGGCUCCUGCGCGCUCCGAGGUCUGGGGCGGCGCUGACCCCCCGUUCCCUGCCCCAGGCGCGUGGACUGUGGAAAAAAGAGUAGCCGCGGUGUUAAUGGUCAGGGCUCUACGACGGCGGGUUCGACCAUAGAAGGCAGCCGGCGACCCCAGCGCUCACUGUAGAGUUGGGUCCCCUUUCGCCCGUCGCUGGCCUAGCGACUUCCUGGCGCAAAGCCCGCCCCCCGCACGCGGAGCCCCCCACUUCCUCCCUCGCCUCCCGGGGUGCAAGAUGGCAGAGGAGCCGGAGGCCGCGCUCCCGCUGCCCGCGUCCGGUGCGGCGGACGGCGAAGGGCCUGCGGACGUCUCUCCGGGAACAGCCACGCCGGAGCCCCCUUCUUCCGCCGCGGUUUCCCCGGGAACAGAGGAACCUGCCGGCGACACCAAGAAAAAAAUUGAUAUCCUGCUAAAGGCUGUGGGAGACACCCCUAUAAUGAAAACAAAGAAGUGGGCUGUAGAGCGAACCCGAACCAUCCAAGGACUCAUUGACUUCAUCAAAAAGUUUCUUAAACUUGUGGCUUCAGAACAAUUGUUUAUUUAUGUGAAUCAGUCAUUUGCCCCUUCCCCUGACCAGGAAGUUGGAACCCUCUAUGAGUGUUUUGGCAGUGAUGGUAAACUGGUCCUGCAUUAUUGCAAAUCUCAGGCAUGGGGAUGAACGACAGAGAAAAAGAUCUUGGUAACUAAAAAUGAAUCUUCACAAAGGACACAGCUCUUGAUACUUACGGCAAGAAACUUGUGGAUAUGAUCUUAGCAUGUUAUCUGCUAAGACCCAUGUUUAUGCAUUUAAAAAAUCCAUAGAGUUGACUCACAAAAAUGUGAUUUGCAUCAAUACAGAAAUCAUUGUAAAAUAUUAACAUUAUAUUCAGUACUACAACUAUUGCUCCAGAUACGCCUCCAGGAUAUUGAAAAGGAGACUAAGAUUGUAUAUAAAGCCUCUU